UGCAGCAAAUCAAACCAAAUUGGUGUGACUGUGAGUCCCAGCAGAUCUCAGUUCUUUGAAGGAGAAUCAGUGAUUCUGAACUGUGAGGACGACAGCUCUGCAGGAUGGACUCUGAGGAGGAACAUCUCAGUGGGGUGGACAGUGGAGUGUACUGGUGUGAGUCCAGAGGGGGAGGAGCCAGCAGCAUGGUGGUUAACAUCAGUGUCUCUGGUGGAUCAGUGAUCCUGCAGAGUCCUGUCCUCCCUGUGAUGGAGGGUCAUGACCUCACUCUGAGCUGUCAAUCAAAGACCCCUCCCUCCAACCCCUCAGCUGCUUUCUAUAAAGAUGGCUCCCUCAUCAGGACUGAGCCUACAGGUCACAUGACCCUCCAGCAUGUUUCCAGGUCUGAUGAAGGUCUCUACAAGUGUCACAUCAGGGAUCAUGGAGAGUCUCCAUCCAGCUGGAUCUC